CAAUGGAUCCUCAAGCCCCUCUCCUCCUCCUCCUCCUCCUCCCAUUCUCCCUCCUCCUCCUCUUGCUUCUCAAAACCAACAUCAAAAGGAACCACCAAAACCUCCCACCAGGCCCACGAAGACUCCCCAUCAUCGGCAACCUCCACCAACUCGGCCUCUCCCCUUACCACUCCCUCCACACCCUCUCCGUCAAACACGGCCCCCUCGUCUUCCUCCAACUGGGCUCUGUACCCGCCCUCAUCGUCUCCUCCUCCUCCGCUGCCCAGCAAAUCAUCAAGUCCCACGACGCCGCUUUCUCAAACCGACCCCACUUCCAGGCCGCCUACAAGCUCACCUACGGAGGCAUCGACAUCACCACUUCGCCCUACGGCAACUACUGGAAGCAACUCCGCAAAGUCUGCAUCAACGAACUCCUCAGCCUCAAAUGCGUCGAGUCCUUUCGCACCCUGAGAGAAGACGAAGUCUCGAGACUCAUCGAUCGUAUCAAAAACUCCUCUUCUUCGUCUUCGACUAUGAUCAAUCUGACUAAAGUGAUGCUUAAUUUUGGGAAUAAUUUCGUCUGCAGGAUUAUGUUUGGAGAUAAGUUUAGGGAGAGGGAGAGUAGGUUUGAUGAGAUAAUAUCGGAGACAAAGGGGUUGGUGGAGGAGUUUUGGGUGUCGGAUUUUUUGCCCGGGUUGAAGUGGGUGAAUGAGGUUAGGGGGGAUAAAAAGAGGUUGGAGAAGAAUUUUAAAGAGUUUGAUGGUUUUUUUGAUGAGAUGAUCAAAGAGCAUGUUAGCGUCGACGGUGAUGAGCAUGAGGAUUUGCUUCAUAUUUUGCUUCGGCUUCAGAAGGAUCCUAGCUAUAGCGCAUCAUUCACAAGCAUUACUAACGUGAAGAGCCUCAUGCUAGACAUAUUCAUCGGAGGCAGCGAUUCAUCUUCUGAAAUCAUAGUAUGGACCAUGGCUGAGCUAAUGAGGAACGUUAGAGUCAUGUCGAAACUCCAAAAGGAAAUUCAACAAGUUGUCGGAAGUAAAAGCAAGGUAGAAGAAAGUGAUCUUCAGAGCCUCAACUAUUUAAAACUAGUGAUCAAGGAAACCCUGAGGUUACAUCCUCCCGGUCCAUUCCUGGUUCCUCGAGAGACUAUCGAACCCUGCAAUAUUGAAGAAUACGAUAUACCUUCCAAAACUAUGGUUUUCAUCAAUGCGAAAGCUUUAGCCAUGGAUCCAAAGAGUUGGAAGAACCCUCAUGAGUUUUGGCCUGAGAGGUUCUUAGAGAAUGAUAGAGAUUAUAAACCCACGCAAUAUUUUGAUUACAUGCCGUUUGGAUUUGGGAGAAGAGGCUGCCCUGGGGUCAACUUUGCGUUAGCGAUAAUGGAUCUUACCUUGGCUAAUCUCUUGCAUUCCUUUGAUUGGGAGCCGCCCUUUGGGAUGAAAGUAGAAGAUAUGGAUUUUGGAGAGGUUUUUUCGCUGGCUACUUGUAUGAAGAACAAUUUGUGCUUAGUUGCUAAAGCAAAGUGAUUGCCUAUAUAAAAUGCAGUGAUUAUCAACAUAUGUAGUUUAUAUUUUUAAUGAUUGAUGUGUGUAUGAGUUAUAUGUUGGAAUGGUAUUAAUUAAGCUUAU